GUGAAUAACCACACCCGAACAUAUCCAUAUCCUCUCCGAUUUUGCGCUCAUUAUCCAUUUGCUAUACUGUCGCUGCGACUUCUCAGAAAAUCCAAACUACAAUGGCUCUUCUCAACGUCUCAUUUUCUUCCAAAAUCCCACCAAAACUUCCUCUUUCUUCUAAUAAACCCUUCUUUACAAACUCUUUUCUAUCCUUCUCUAGCUUCCCUUCGCCCCAGCAGAUACUGAAAAGAGAAUUCAAGUGUAAUGAGAAUCUGGUUUUUUGUUUAAGUAAGUCCCUGGCUAAAGCUAGCUUUUUUGCUCUUGUGUCUGCUUCAUUGUUCUUUGUUGAUCCAGCUCUUUCAUUUAAGGGAGGAGGUCCAUACGGUGCUGAAGUAACAAGGGGCCAAGAUCUUAGUGGGAAGGACUUCAGUGGCAAGACUUUGAUCAAGCAAGACUUCAAAACGUCUAUAUUGAGACAAGCCAAUUUUAGGGGUGCGAAUUUGCUAGGUGCUAGCUUCUUUGAUGCAGAUUUAACAGGGGCUGAUCUUUCUGAUGCUGAUCUCAGAGGGGCAGACUUUUCCUUGGCAAAUGUGACAAAGGCAAAUCUAAGCAAUGCUAACUUGGAAGGGGCACUUGCUACUGGGAACACAUCUUUCAAGGGAUCUAAAAUAACUGGUGCUGACUUUACUGAUGUGCCAUUGAGAGAUGAUCAGCGGGAAUACCUUUGCAAAAUUGCAGAUGGGGUUAAUGCAACAACCGGCAAUGCAACACGCGACACAUUACUUUGCAGCUAGAAUUUCUUUACUCAUGUACAGAAAGGAAGUGGCAUUGGCAUCAGUUAAUCUGUAACUGUGGCCGAUGGAGAGGCUUAUGUUAAUCUUGAAUAAUAAAUCCGAGCAAGUAAUAUUUACAUUGUGUGUUUUGUGCAUAAUGAAAGAGAUCCUCAAACA